GCCAGAUACAGAAGCGAAUACACCGUCCUCCUUCGAUUCGACCGAUUCCCAAUUCCCCAACCGCAGGCACCACCGCGCCAUCAACCCCAUCCAUGUCCGGCUACCCCUACGGCGGCGCCGCCGGAGGCUACGGGCCCCCGCCGCCCUACGGCUCCUCCCCGGCCCCCUCCGCCCCGCCCUACGGCGACAAGCCCCCCAAGGAAGGCAAGACCUCCUCCUCCGCCGCCUCCCCACCCUACUACGGCGCCCCGCCCCAGCACUCCUACGGCGCCAGCGGCGGCGGCUACGGGGCCCCGCCCCAGCCCCAGUCCUACGGCGGCGCCGGCGGAUACGGCGCCCCGCCCUCCAGCCAGCCCCAGUCCUACGGCGGUGGAUACGGGGCGCCCUCCAGCCAGCCCCAAUCCUACGGCGGGGGCGGGUACGGGGCCCCGCCCUCGGGCCAGUCCUACGGCGCCCCGCCGCCCUCCUCCUCACCGUACGGGGCGCCGCCUCCAACGGCGACGCCGUACGGCGGCGGCGGCGGCUACGGGAGCCCGUUCGCGGCGCUCGUCCCCUCCGCGUUCCCGCCGGGCACCGACCCCAACGUCGUCGCCUGCUUCCAGGCCGCCGACCGCGACGGCAGCGGCGCCAUCGACGACAAGGAGCUGCAGUCCGCGCUCUCCGGAUACAACCAGAGCUUCAGCAUCCGCACCGUGCACCUACUCAUGUACCUCUUCACCAACUCAAACGUCCGCAGGAUCGGACCAAAGGAGUUUACUUCUGUUUUCUACAGUCUUCAGAACUGGAGGUCUAUAUUUGAGAGGUUUGACCGUGACCGAAGUGGUAAAAUUGAUGCAUCAGAGCUGCGUGAUGCUCUUCUCAGUUUGGGUUAUUCAGUUUCUCCAACUGUGCUCGACUUGCUUGUGUCUAAAUUUGACAAAACUGGAGGCAUGAGCAAAGCAGUCGAAUAUGAUAACUUUAUUGAGUGCUGCCUUACAGUCAAGGGUCUGACUGAGAAGUUCAAGGAGAAAGACACGACUUACUCCGGGUCUGCAACUUUCAGUUACGAGGCAUUCAUGUUGACUGUGCUUCCUUUCAUCAUUGCCUGAUGUCAACCUAGUUAUGAGGCUUGAGUGAAAUACUGUUUUGUUGAAAUGUUUUGAGUGAUGUUGCUGCGUUGCUGAUAAAAUAUCUCUUUGGGGAUUGGAAACUGUAUAUGGUAGAACCUGUGGUUGGUUUGGAACUAUGAAAGUCUCACAUAUGCUUGAUUUAA